GCACCGGCAAUGUCCAGGCCGCUGAACAAGGAAUAUAGAGCUGCUGACUUCCAGCAGCUCAGCCAACUGAUCCAAAAUCAUCCGCUGAUGAAGACAACUAGGACGGAGGAGCUAUCGAUGCAGAAGUUUCGCACUCCCGAAUAUCGCACGAAAUGCGUAAUGCGGGCUUCCCUGGAUGACAUAGCGCAGGGUAUAAAUAUGUACAAGCUGCAGUUGGGCGCGGAAAGGAAGACGUCCAAAGCGGAGAGCGUGACCUUUGGACCUCCUCCAAGGAAAUCCGCCAAGGCAGCCACGCCCUUUAUCAAAGUGCUGUUGCGCAAGACGGCGCUUGUGGUGCUCUUCGAGCGACCCAGCUUGACAGCCGAGCUGGACACCGAGGAGGGUCGACAGGUUCAGGCGGAUAACCAGCUCUACGAGGAGUUGCUUGCGGGCACCGACAAAUCCCGAAGAACCGUCGAUGCGGAUACGCAAACAAUCGAGCCGCUACUGAAAUCCCGCUUGGUCAACACGGAGCGUCUGCGAACGGAUCAGGUAGGCUCCUACGUUUCGAACUUUGAGAUGUUCGAUACGUACAAGGACCUGGAGGCAUCCACCAAGAGUGUGCCCAUAGAUGGAGCCCAGCAAAUGGAGGUGACCACCUAUCGCCUCGGAGGCGUGGAUCAAUUCGUGGAGAUCAAUCAGCUGCCCAGCUUCCGCUUGGCACUGAUGCUCACCAUGCGCAUCCUGGCGAGCAAUGUGUUUGAGCCGCAGCAGCGACGUUUUCGCAAUAUGCAGCCACCCGAUCCGCUCGCCGAGGACGUGAAGUUCAAGUAUCGCCUACAAUUGCUUUGGAAGCUGAGCUCGCCCUCCCCAGUGGCCAGGGAGCAGCAAGCAGUCACUUCCGUCUGCUUCUGUCCCAGCAAUGGAGACAUUAUGGCCGUCUCCUACGGCAUCUACACCUAUGCAAAGCUGGGCAGGAAGCCUCGCCGGGGCUAUGUCUAUGUGUGGAACAUCAAGAAUCCCGUGAAUCCGGAACGCUGUUACAACUAUGCAGUGCCCGUGGUGGUGGUCCAAUUCUCGCCUGGAUCACCCCAACUGCUGGCCAUUGGCCUGCACAAUGGCGACGUGGAGGUACGUGACAUCUCACAGCCGGAUCAGCCAGCUCUGGCGCGAUCGCAGCGCGCCACCUCGCCCUACUUUGACCCGGUGACGGCCAUCAAGUGGAUUCCCCCCAGCGAUAAUGAUGUCCUUGCCGAGCAGGACAUAACGCCCUUCCUCGCUGCCUCGCAGUCGGGCGCUGUGAUCAAGUAUCAGCUGAUCACUAGUCCACAUCUGCUGGGCUUCGAGCAGCAGCAUUUCCAGCGUGCCGAGGCCGAGCUGGAGGGGAUCAGCGUCACCCAGCCGGCGCAUCGUGUGCCGCUGCUCGCCAACCGGUAUGUCCAGUGCCUGGAGCUCGCCCUGGAUCCACUGCAGAGCGAUCUCUACUACGUGCUCACCGAUGARGGCACCAUGUACAAGUGCUCCACCAACUAUCCGCUGCAGCACCUGGAGCUGCGGCAGGUGCACGAAACAGCCGCCGUCUGCAUGGACUUCUCACCCUGGUCACCCAAACUUUACCUGACCUGCGGCAGCGACUGGUGCAUUCGCAUCUGGAUGGCUGGCAUCCUGCUGCCAUUGAUCACGCUCCAGCAUCACUUGUCCCCGGUGCACUGCGCCCGCUGGAGUCGCACCCACUCCACAAUUUUGGUCUCGCUCAGCCACAGCACCAUCGACAUUUGGGACCUGCGCAACAGCACGCUGAAGCCCGUCUCAUCCACCACGAUAGACGCCAAGAUUCACUACACCACCUUCUGCUUCUCGCACUGUGGUCGCUGCCUGGCCGUGGGCAAUGAGGCGGGCAACCUGCUCAUGCUCGCCUUCGAGGAUAUGCCCUUCCCGCCACACUUCCAGUACAAGCAGCUGAAACGCGCGCUAUACAAGGCCCUGGAGCUGGACCCGGAGCUGCUGCAGAAGGUCAAGAGCGUGGGCCCCUUUCAUUAUCCCAACGGAGACAAGCACACAUCGGAUCAAUGA